AUGCACUUCACACUACUUCUUCCCCUCCUUGCAGCCACGGCAUAUGCCGCACCUGUCGAGGAUCGCGUCAAGCGUGCAGGUUGCUCCUCGUACACCAUCAUCAACACUCGUGGCACGGGUGAGAUUCAAGGAGAAUCCUCUGGCUUUCGCACCAUGAACGGGAACAUCCAGUCUCAGGUCAAAGGCGGCAAGACUUACAACACGGUGUACCCUGCCGGCGCCGACCAGAACUCCGCUGCAGGAACAGCCGACAUUGUCAAACAAGUGGAGAGUGGACUUCAGAGCAACCCCAGCCAGUGCUUCAUCCUCGAGGGAUAUAGCCAGGGCGCCGCCGCCACAGUGAGCGCGAUGUCUCAGCUCACCGGUGCAAGCUUCGACGCCGUGAAGGGCGUCUUCCUUAUUGGAAACCCUGAUCACAAAAGCGGAUUGGCUUGCAAUGUGGACAACAAAGGAGGCAACACCACAAAGAACGUGAACGGUCUCAGUGCGAUGCUCGGCAAGUCUAUCCCAAAUGAGUGGGUCAGCAAGACCAUGGACGUCUGUAUCUAUGGUGACGGCGUGUGUGAUACGACACACGGAUACGGUAUUAACGCAGCGCAUUUGCAGUACCCGAUGGAUUCGAAUACUCAGGAGUUGGGAACGAACUUCGUGGUGAAGCAGUUGACGGCUUAGGGGAAUGAGCCGGAUGAUUUUAUUACAUUACACCUUCUCUUUUCUUGUUGUGCGACGACACACUUAGGGCAUAUAGAUAGGCUAUGACUCGGUCUCAGUCGUUGCUAGACAUGACGGAGGCGCUCCAUCGGCAUUCUUAGUGUACCACGACAUCGAUUACGAUUGUGCUCCUGCACUGUCCAUCGUAUUUCAGUAGCUGAACUCACGCGUGACCCCCGAUGCAUCAGGCCCCAAGCUCUUAAUCUUUCUGUUCCUCCAUUGGUAGUAGAACCUCAUUCCAACACACCCAACGGCGACCAUGAGCAGCAUAGCGAAGUUCGUCCAAUGCCCUGUCGGGUACCCCUUCUCUUUCUCGUCGGCCUUGUAGAUCCAUACGCCUAAUAUCUGACCUGG